AUGGAUAUCUCAAAGCCUGUGGGGUCAGAAAUCACCUCCGUGGAUUUCGGUAUCUUAACGUCAGAAGAGAUACGACAAUUAUCUGCCAAACAGAUCACAAAUCCAACAGUAUUAGAUAAUCUAGGUCAUCCGAUUUCUGGUGGUCUUUAUGAUUUGUCAUUAGGUGCCUUUUUAAGAAAUUUAUGUUCAUCUUGUGGUUUAGAUGAAAAGUUUUGUCCCGGUCAUCAAGGUCAUAUCGAAUUACCAGUCCCAUGUUAUAACCCAUUAUUUUUCAAUCAAUUAUAUAUUUAUUUGAGAACAUCUUGUUUAUUCUGUCAUCAUUUGAAACUGAAACAGAUUGAAGUCCAUAGAUUUGCUUGUAAAUUAAGAUUAUUACAAUACGGUUUGAUUGAUGAAUCCUACAAGAUUGAUGAUAUUAAUAUUGGAGAUCUAAAGGACUUUUUGGAAAACGCUCAAGCGGAAGAAGAUGAAGCUAUUGAAGAUAACAAACUUAAUGAAUCUACAACAAAGAGGGAUGCAAAUGAUAUCUCUGCUCAACUUCUAAGGGAUUUACAACAAAAACGUGAAGAAUACGUAGAAGUAGUCAUUGCUACUGCUAUAUCUGAAGGUAGAACCACCGAAAGAGGUAUCUUUACUGCCACCGUGAAUGAUGAACGUAAAAAUCUCAUACAUGAAUUCCAUAAGAAAUUAUUAACUAGAGGUAAGUGUGAUAACUGUGGUAUGUUCUCUCCAAAAUUCAGAAAGGAUGGGUUCACCAAGAUUUUUGAAACCGCUUUAAAUGAAAAGCAAUUGACCAACAAUAGAGUUAGAGGGUUUAUUCGUCAAGAUAUGAUCAAGAAACAAAACCAAUCUAAAGCAUUAAACGGAGAAACCACAAAAGAUGAUGAAAAUGAAAAUGGUUUUGAUCUAGGUAGAAAUCCAACUGUUAGACCUAAGACUGGGUCUACAUAUAUUCUUUCCACCGAAGUUCGAAAUAUCUUAAGAGCUGUGUUUAGAAAAGAACAAAAUAUCUUCAAGUAUAUUUUCCAUUCUAAACCAAACGUGUCGUCUACCCCAAUUUCAGCUGAUAUGUUCUUUAUGGAUGUCAUAGUGGUUCCACCAACAAGAUUCCGUUUGCCAUCCAAAUUGGGUGAUGAAAUCCAUGAAAAUAGUCAAAAUCAAUUGUUAUCUAAGAUCUUAACUACCGCUCUACUCAUCAGAGACUUAAACGAUGAAAUGUCAAAAUUACAAAAGGAUAAAGUGUCCGUUGACGACAGAAGAGUUAUUUUCAGCAGAUUGAUGAAUGCUUUUGUUACCAUACAAAACGAUGUUAACGCUUUUAUUGAUUCAACGAAAGCUCAAGGUACCACCGGUGGUAAGGUUCCAAUUCCAGGUGUCAAACAAGCUUUAGAAAAGAAAGAAGGUCUAUUUAGAAAACACAUGAUGGGUAAGCGUGUUAAUUACGCUGCACGUUCCGUCAUUUCUCCAGAUCCAAAUAUUGAGACUAACGAAAUUGGUGUCCCACCAGUCUUUGCUACCAAAUUGACCUAUCCCGAACCAGUCACUUCUUACAAUAUCGCUGAAUUACGUCAAGCAGUUAUUAACGGUCCAGAUAAAUGGCCAGGUGCAGCUCAAAUUCAAAAUGAAGAUGGUUCGUUAGUUUCCUUAGUCGGUAUGUCUGCUGAACAACGUAAAGCUUUAGCUAACCAAUUAAUGACUCCCUCUUCUAACGUUGGAACUCAUACUUUGAAUAAAAAAGUUUAUCGUCACAUCAAAAAUAGAGAUAUUGUCAUUAUGAAUCGUCAACCUACUUUACAUAAAGCUUCCAUGAUGGGUCAUAAAGUUAGAGUUCUACCUGGUGAAAAAACUUUACGUUUACAUUAUGCCAAUACUGGUGCUUAUAAUGCCGAUUUCGAUGGUGAUGAAAUGAAUAUGCAUUUUCCUCAAAAUGAAAAUGCAAGAGCUGAAGCUUUCAACUUAGCAAACACUGAUUCACAAUAUUUAACUCCCACUUCAGGUUCCCCAGUGAGAGGUUUGAUUCAAGAUCAUAUUUCAGCUGGUGUUUGGUUAACAAGUAAAGAUAGUUUCUUCACUAGAGAACAAUAUCAGCAAUAUAUCUAUGGAUGUAUUCGUCCCGAAGAUGGCCAUGCCACUAGACCAAAACUGAUUACUCUUCCACCUACUAUUUAUAAGCCUGUUCCAUUGUGGACUGGUAAACAAAUCAUUAGUACUGUUUUGUUGAAUGUUACUCCCGCUGAUAUGCCAGGUAUUAAUUUAACAUCGUCUAACAAAAUUAAGAAUGAAUACUGGGGUAAGAGCUCCAACGAAAAUGAAGUUCUUUUCAAGAAUGGUGAGUUAUUAUGUGGUAUUUUAGAUAAAUCUCAAUAUGGUGCUUCCAAGUUCGGUAUUGUUCAUUCUUUGCAUGAAGUCUAUGGUCCAAGUAUUGCUGCCAAAGUCUUGUCAGUUUUAGGAAGACUAUUUACGAAUUACAUUAUGUCCACUGCAUUCACUUGUGGUAUGGAUGAUUUACGUUUAAGUGAAGAAGGUAAUAAAUGGAGAUCUGAUAUUUUGAAAACAUCCGUUGAUACUGGUCGUGAAGCUGCCGCUGAAGUUACAAAUCUUGAUAAAGAUACUGCUGCUGAUGAUGCAGAAUUAUUGAAACGUCUAGAAGAAAUCCUACGUGAUAACAACAAGUCUGGUAUUUUAGAUGCUGUCACUUCUUCUAAGGUUAACUCCAUUACAUCUAAAGUUGUUUCGAAGUGUGUUCCUGACGGUACAAUGAAGAAGUUCCCUUACAACUCUAUGCAAGCUAUGGCAUUAUCUGGUGCUAAGGGUUCCAAUGUUAACGUUUCCCAAAUUAUGUGUUUAUUGGGUCAACAAGCUUUAGAAGGUAGAAGAGUUCCAGUUAUGGUAAGUGGUAAAACUUUGCCAUCCUUCAAACCAUAUGAAACGGAUGCUAUGGCUGGUGGUUAUAUCAAGGGUCGUUUCUACUCUGGUAUUAAACCUCAAGAAUACUAUUUCCAUUGUAUGGCAGGUCGUGAAGGUUUGAUUGAUACUGCAGUUAAAACAUCAAGAUCUGGUUAUUUACAACGUUGUUUGACGAAGCAGCUAGAAGGUGUACAUGUAUCUUACGAUAACAGUGUUAGAGAUGGUGAUGGUACUUUAAUUCAAUUCUUGUAUGGUGGUGAUGCAGUCGAUGUUACAAAGGAAUCGCACAUGACUGAAUUCGAUUUCUGUUUAGAUAACUACGAUGCAUUAUUAAAUAAAUAUAAUCCAUCAGCAUUGAUUGAGCAUCUUGAUGUGGAAACGGCUUUGAAAUAUUCUAAGAAGACUUUGAAAAAUAGAAAGAAACACGCUAAAGAAGCUCAUCAUAAAAAUGCAACCAAGUAUGAUCCGGUAUUGUCUAAAUUUAACCCUGCUAAAUACUUAGGUUCUGUUUCUGAAAAGUUUCAAGAUAAAUUAGAAUCUUAUUUGGACAAGAAUUCAAAAUUAUUCAAAUCUCAUGACAACGUCAGUGAAAAGAAAUUCAGAGCCUUGAUGCAAUUGAAAUAUAUGCGUUCUCUAAUCAAUCCAGGUGAAGCUGUUGGUAUUAUUGCCUCCCAAUCUGUUGGUGAGCCAUCUACUCAGAUGACAUUGAAUACUUUCCAUUUUGCUGGUCACGGUGCUGCUAACGUUACAUUAGGUAUUCCACGUAUGAGAGAAAUUAUUAUGACAGCUUCUGCUGCGAUCAAAACUCCUCAAAUGACUUUACCUAUAUGGCAAGAUGUUUCUGAUGAGCAAGCUGAUACUUUCUGUAAAUCUAUUUCUAAGGUUGUCUUAAGUGAAGUUAUAGAUAAAGUAACAGUUACUGAAACUACUGGUUCUACUGCUAAUAACACAAGCGCACGUUCCUAUGCUAUUAAUAUGAAAUUCUUUGACGAAGAAGAAUACAAUGGUGAAUAUGAUGUUUCUAAGGUUGAAUUACAAAAUGUGAUAGCUGUCAAAUUCAUUCAUGCUCUUGAAGCGGUUAUUGUUAAAGAAGUUAAGAAGCAAAAGAAAACCACUGUUCUUGAUAUUGGUAUUGCUGUUCCAAAGUCUCAAACUGCUUUAGGUGCUAUGGAAACCAUCAAUUCUAAGAAAUCUGCUGAAGAUGGUGACGAGGAAGAUUAUCAAAAGAAGACUAAGCAAGCUGUUUCUUACGAAGAUCCAGAUGAUGAUGAACUUGAAACAAUGAGAGAAGCUGAAAAGUCAGAUGAAGAAAUGAAUUCUGACAUGAAUUCAGAUGCUGAAUCCGUUUCUGAUAAUGAAGAAUCCGAGGAUGUCGAUAUGGAUAACUAUCUUGAUUCUACUAUUGCCGAAGCAAAUAAGAAUAUGACGAAAACUCAACGUGAUCGUCAAUCUGCUAUGGUCACCAAUCAUAGAUUUGUUACCAAAUAUAAUUUCGAUGAUGAACACGGUAAAUGGUGUGAAUUUAGAAUUGAAUUGGCCGCUGAUACUGAAAAGUUAUUAAUGGUUAACAUUAUUGAAGAUAUUUGUAAAAAAUGUAUUAUCAGAGAAGUUCCACAUAUUGACCGUUGUGUUCACCCAGAACCAGAAAAUGGUAAACGUGUAUUAGUUACAGAAGGUGUUAACUUCGAAGCUAUGUGGGACCAAGAAGCUUUCAUUGACGUUGACGGUAUUACUUCCAAUGAUGUUGCUUCAGUGUUGAAGACAUACGGUGUUGAAGCUGCUAGAAAUACUAUUGUUAAUGAAAUAAACAAUGUUUUCUCACGUUAUGCUAUUUCUGUUUCAUAUAGACAUUUAGAUUUAAUUGCCGAUAUGAUGACAAGACAAGGUACUUACUUAGCUUUCAAUAGACAAGGUAUGGAAUCUUCAACUUCCUCAUUAAUGAAAAUGUCAUAUGAAACUACUUUACAAUUUUUGACUAAGGCUGUUUUGGACAAUGAGCGUGAAGAACUAGAGAGUCCAUCUGCUAGAAUUGUUAUGGGUAAAUUAAACAAUGUCGGGACAGGUUCAUUCGAUAUUUUGGCCAAGGUUCCAAACGCAGUAUGA